GUUAUUUUGCUAAUAUUUAUUGCAAGUAAUAUGUCAACUUUUUUCUACAUAGUGGUACACAACAUUUGGGCUGGGAAAAAGCCGGAGGUGUUGUGGAGCAAAGCAGGCCCUUACAAACUGUUUACACGGAACCUCCAGGAACACCUUCGUCCAGAUGCACUUGUGGAAAGUGAAAUCAUCAAUGCAUACCUAACGAUUGCGCUGAGUAAUUUCUCAGAGGCAGGCAGAGGCAGGGGCUAUCUACUUGACUCCUUCCAAAUGACGGACAUGUGGAGAGGUAAAAAUAAAGGACUGAGGAAGAUAGAUCCCCUGGAUUAUGAUGUCCUGAUUGGAGCUGUCUGCGAGCACCAUCACUGGACACUAACUGUGAUGUAUCCUAAAAAGAGGCAGUCCGUUUAUGUUGAUCCAUUUGGGGCUAGCGAGGAAGCAUUAAAAAAAUGCACUGCAGUAACCAGGGCUUUCAUGAGGCAGCGGGGCCACAACUGCUCACGCUGGUCCAGUCAAACAGUACCACACGUUCGACAAGUUGAUGCAACCUCAUGUGGUGUUAUUGUGUGUAAAUUAGCAGACAUGAUUCUUAAUGAAGAGGACAUGGAUGACGUUUUUGACAAGACUUCCAUUUUAAGGAUGAGGUUGCAGAUAGGCAAACGGCUGAUCAAAGAAACAGAUGAUUUGACCAACCUAUGCCGAGCGUGUGGCUCAUAUGACACAGAUGUGCAAUGGAUUGCUUGCACACCUUGUGAUCAAUGGUUCCACAGAAGCUGUGUUGGGCAACCACCUGUGGAGGCACCUUUUUAUUGCCCAUUGUGUAUUUAAACCUGUUUACUAGUAUUUAUUUUUAACCGGCUCCUUGCUUUUAAGGUAGCUUGAUUGAUAAAAUGUCAGACAUGUUUACCCUCAUCAAUGCUGCUGAAAACUUUAAUGUUGAUGAUGUUCUCCUACACUUGACAUCUAUUGCGCUUCUGUCCGUCCUGGGAGACGGAUCCUCACAUGUGUCUCUGAGGUUUCUACGUAUUUUUACCCUGUUAAAAGGGUUUUUAGUAGUUUUGCAUUACUCUUGUUGAGGGUUAAGGACAGAGGA